CCUGAGCGCUCCGGCCUGCGCACAGCUGUUAGGUUUAAGGAGACCCGCAGGCGUUUAGGGAGAGCAGACACCUGCGGGGGCUGCUGGGCCUGCCCGAGGAGGCGAGAGCCGGGAAACGCAGCCCUCCCGGGGGCGCUGGGCUCGGGACUGAGGCCGAAGAGGCGCCGAGAGGGAAGACUGGAAGCUAGAUCCUCCCCCGGGAACGUGCGGCGGCCAGGCCCGCGCGGCUCGGGUGGGCGCUGACCUUGUGCCCGCUCUGCCCUCGCCCGGCCUCCCGCGCGCGACCCCGGCCGAGGCCCCGAGCGGACCCGGGGCGAGCCGGGCGCGCCGCGCCGCCCGCCUCCAUGGAGUCAGGGCCGCCGGGCGGCUCCGGGCCCGCGGAGCCGGGGCCUCGCCUGCGCGGCUGGCGCGGCGCGGACGCGGCGGCCUCGGCCUCCUCGCUGAGCCGCUUCGGGGCCGAAGCCGGGUGUCGCGCGCCGGCUGUGGCGGCCGUGUUGCCGGCGGGGGGGAGCGGGGAGAGGAUGGGCGUCCCCACCCCGAAGCAGUUCUGCCCCAUCCUGGAGAGGCCGCUCAUCAGCUACACCCUGCAGGCCCUGGAGAGAGUAUCUUGGAUAAAGGACAUUGUUGUGGCAGUAACUAGAGAGAACAUGGAAACAAUGAAGGGAAUUAUUCAGAGGUACCAGCAUAAACGCAUCUCACUGGUUGAAGCUGGAGUGACCCGCCACAGGUCAAUUUUUAAUGGUCUGAAAGCACUGGCAGAGGAUCAGCCCAACUGUAGACUCUCAAAGCCAGAAGUAGUGAUCAUCCACGAUGCUGUGAGACCAUUUGUUGAGGAAGAUGUCCUCCUCAAAGUUGUCAUCGCUGCUCAGGAACAUGGGGCCUCGGGAGCGACCCGACCUCUCGUGUCUACUGUCGUCAGUCCGUCUGCAGACAGCUGCUUAGACCACUCCCUGGAGCGUGCCAGACACAGGGCAAGUGAGAUGCCACAGGCCUUUCUAUUUGAUGUGAUCUAUGAAGCAUAUCAGCAGUGUAGUGACUAUGACUUGGAAUUUGGAACUGAGUGUUUGCAUUUGGCUCUAAAAUACAGUCAUAUCAAAGCAAAACUUGUGGAAGGAUCCCCUGACCUCUGGAAGGUGACCUACAGACGAGAUCUGUAUGCAGCUGAAUCGAUUAUUAAGGAAAGAAUUUCACAACAAGUUUGUAUAGUUAUGGACACAAAAGAAGAUGAAGAACAUGUAGGUCGUUGUCUUGAAGAAAUGCUAAAAACUGAAUUAAAUCAUGUAAAAGUCAUAUCUGGCCAAGAUCUUCAGCAAAUCAUCUUAGAGCAAUGCUACAGCUUUGUUUGUGUGAAUGUUAUGACCUCUGAUUUUGAAGAAACCCAGAGGUUACUGAAUAUGCUGGAAGAGAGUAAUCUUUCCAUUUUAUAUCCUGUUGUGGUUAUUUCAGUGUAUUUUCUUGAUUAUGAAUCAGUACCAUUUGGUCAGAAAAUGGAAAAGGUAAUGCAGAUUAGAGAGUUUGCCAAGGAAGCGAAAAAAAGAAAUAUUUUAUUAUUUGGCCUUCUCAUAUAUUUCCCACAGGAGGAACAGAAGCUACGGGAAAGUUUAAGGCAAGGCGCCACCAUUAUUGCUGCCUUAAUCAAAGAAAGAAAUUCUGGACUCAUUGGCCAACUACUGGUAGCAUAAAGAACAUGGAGGAAAUUACCUGCUGUGUUCUUAGAAACAUUCCCCUAAGUAUUUCUUUUGUUCUUCCCUCCAAACUGUAUAUGGUAGAAUGUUGAAGUUGUCUUUUAUAAUUUGUAGGAUGUGAUGCUUGGGUGAACUUAAAAACAUUUUUAUGUGUGCCAAAUAUAAAUUGCCUAAAUUGGAAAAGAACAAAUAAGGGGAAAAUAAUGGCCUUCAUAUAAAGAAUCUUUUCAUAAAGACAUGAAAGGGUAAAAUAGAAAUAAUGAGGAGUCAGAUAAUUCUCCAAGGAAUGAAAGUUUAGAAAAUGUCAACUAUUAUCUCUAUGUUAAUUAGUAAAUCACUAUAUAAUGAAACUAAUAAUUAAGAUUAAUGAUUAUUGUUAAUUCUAACAGUAUCCUCUCUCCAUGGUUUAUUUUGAAUUGCAUUCUGAUUUUUCAUACCUUGACCAAAGAGAGAGAGCAGUGAACUAUGAUCUGAGUGUCUUCACCAAUAGCCUACAUUACCGUAGAUUCCUAAAGGAGAUAGACUCUCCUUCUGCUUUUCUAAUGUUUUAAAAUUGUAUGUUUUCUUCGGUUUAUGGAACACAGUUUUGACUUAAAUUAAUUUAAAAGGCUUCUGAUUUUUCUGAAUAACUUGAAAAGAAGAUUGGAAAGUGUCAUGAAAUUAAUACCGGUCAGUCUCAAGUUAGUCUUCUGAAAGGUGUAUCAGCUACUGGUAGUUGAUUGCACAUCAAAUAAUUUUGAUAACCACUGCCUUUUUAAGUUAAGUUCUUAUUCUUUCAAAUUUCCACUGGUAUAUACAUCUUAGAUACUGAUGAUUUUCCCCUUACCUUACAUUUUAUAAUUCUGUGAAUUCAAUUAUUAGAGACGCUUUUUGUUCUAUAUAUAUACUUUAUAGAAACACAUCAGAUAGGGCUAUGCCAGAACUUAGUCUGCCGCGUGGGAACUAUGAAAGUUGCAUAAAAUGUUUUCAGUUACAGAUAGUGUGUGAAUUAUCUGCCUUGUGCAGUCUCUUCUUAACAUGUUGGGUAAUUUUCCCUUUAUUUCCCAAGUAUCUAUAGUAGUUGGAGAGUUUAUUUUUUAUAUUUAAAUAAUAGUAGAAUGUAAAGGAUAUGAAAUAAUUGUUGCAGUGCAUUCUCCUAGAUGAAGUGUGUUGGUUUGAAUGAAUGUAGGCUUGAAUCUAAAUUCCUGGGCUCACCAUUUUCUCUCUCUCUCUCUGUCUCCUGGAAUGUUAAGAAAUGUAAAUAAAUCAUUUAAUUAAAAAUCUUGAGGAUGAAAAUAUAUGGGCGGUGUGUGGAUACUGGUUAGAACUCUGUUAAAGUGGGUUGGCUGCAUUGUAAAAGGUCGUAGGUGUUCCUGUUGAUGUCUUCAGGUGAGUGUUUUAAGAAUUUGAAGGUGCUCGUAAAGGCAAAAGGGGAAAACUUAUCAAGAUUUUAAAGAAAAGAUUCAUGUCUUUAGGUACGUGGUGGGAAACUGGGCAUUUCUCUGGCACAAGCAGUAUCAGUGUACUAUUGAGUGCUGGCUAUUACCUUAGAUUUCAAUGGAAUAAUGGACUCUUCAGUUGAAGGGCAUACUGUUUGUUCCAAGGUGAAUUUUUCUCUGGUACAAUGUUAUACCAGACGACCAUUUACCUUGAAACAGUUAGUAUGCCAUUACCCUAGGCAGUUGUGAACAUUUAGUGUUGUAAGAUUUAGAUAAAAUAUUAAGUUGGGUCUGAAAUCCCCAUCAUCAUUAUGGCGUUUAAUUUUUUUCUUUAUAAUCUGCAAACUGAUUCACAGCAUUGAAAAUAAUUUAAAGACAUCUCCUCACAUCCUUUACUGUUUAGAUGAAAGCUGAGGCUCAGAGAUCUUCACUGACUUCUCCAAAGACAUGUGUCUGCUUAGUAGCAAAAAGCAGGGCUUAAACUUGGGUACUAAGAAGGAGUUCUUAGCUCAUUUCCUAUAUACCAAUGAUUGCGGGCAAAGGACAUCCAGCAGCGAGGCUGUGGGAAAUGAACCAGAGGCUCUGGGUGAGUAUUGGAGGAAUGGAUGCGAAGGGACAUGCCAGCCCAGUGUCCACAGGAAAGUGCUGAGGCUUUUGGCUUUCCAACAUACAGAAAUCAUAGCUAAGGCAAGAGAGAAAGAUAAAUCAGCUGUAUUUGUUAAGAGAUCCAGAGGCAACUUUACAGGUAUAUUUUCAUCUUCACUUCUGGAAACAUACAUUCAUAAGAACUGUCCAUUUUCACAUUAUUUUCCCAAAUUCCUUUAAAAAUAAUGGUAGAGUAUGCCUGAGGGUUGCUGAAAUUGCUUUCUACUUGCAAAAAUUUAUGGAAAGACUGUUUUCUUUUUAAAUGUAUGCUACUUAAUUACUUGCUGUUUAAAGUUAGCCUUUUUUAGGAAGUUGACAGUGUGAUCAGUGGUUUGAUUGACCUUCAUUGGUAAGAGGUAGGUAGGUUGUUUUUUUCAGGAAAGUGCUAAGCAUGCGAGACAAUUUGUUGUAAAUACUCAUCUACAGAUAAGAGUCAGAUCCCUAUUCUACCCAAAGUCAUUUUUACUGUAGCCACUUUAAGCAUUUUGCAUUCGUUUGCCAGGGAAAGGACCCUUGCACAGCUCAAGUUUGAAUUGCAUUGGACCACUUACUUAUAUGUGAGUUUUUUCAGUAGUACCUACUACAGUAUUACACAAUGGUUGAAUGUUCAGAUUGGAAGGAACCUUGGAUGCAAAGGACCAACUAUAAAUUAUACACAGAUUUUCAACUACUGGAGAGGUCAGUGCCCCUAAUCCCUGCAUCUUCAAGGGUCAUCUGUAAUUAUAACUAUCAAAUUUUACUUUAUAAAUGUGUGUGCAGUAUUUCUUUUAUAAAAAUCAAUUUGCAAUAUUGCAUUUCUUAAGUUAAAUAUGUACAUUUUAUUUCUUUUUAAUGUUAAAACUAAUUAUAUCAAAGAAACAAGCUAUGAUAUUUUAGCAAAAUGUUAAGAAAGCCAUUUAAGAUAAGAAAGAUUUGAAAUUAUUUUAAAAGUUUAAUGAAAAAUAAGCAGAAUAAAUGAUAAAUACAUAUUGUUUUAAUAUUUAUUAAUAUAGUUUCAAAUAAGUGGGCUAGAAGUGGCUGUAUAGGUGGUAUUUGGCACUGUAACAUUUAUACAUGUUCUCAUGUAUUUUUAGUUUCAAUUAUGAAAGCAUAUAUAUCUUUUAAAAUGAAAAGUAAGAAACUGCUAUUAAAUAUUUUAAAUGUUUUCUUUAUAAAACAAAAUAGAGGUAAUUGAUAACUAAAUUAAGAUAUGUUUAAAUCUAUUGACAGUUUUCAUUGAUGUUUAGUAUAUAUGUACUUCUUUUUCUUUUGGUACUUAUUUUUCAAACUGACUCAGCCUCAACUGAAUAAAUACAGUAUUCUCAAACUGUAACAGUAUGAUGUUUUACAUUACAUACAAAUAUAAUUGGAGAUUCAGCUAUAUUCUAUAAAAUAUAUUAAAAAUUUGCAAAACCAGAAGUCUUAAUUAGCUGUUUUCUUCUUUCCCUUCUAUUUAGCAGGUUUCCUAGCAAUUACUUUGGCAGCCAAGGAUAUAAAAGCUGUAUUAAGGCACAGUGGAAAAAUAUUGUGUCCUCUUAAUGAUGUCUGCAUAGGUGUGGUGGGUUGAAUUGCUGUUUAUAAAUACUCUUUCCUUCCACUUAGCUUCCAUAGGAGGAAUUUAUGUCCAGUUCUUGACCUUGGAUUUCAUCACAAAACCUUCUUUGGCCAACGGAGCAACUCAGAAGUGGCAGGGCACCGCUGAGACAAGGCCUUAGAGGCCUUGCAUGUUGCUGCUUGCUCUUUCCCCCUUCUGCCACCACCAUGAGAUGCAAAUGCUCAGCCUGGCCUGCUGCCUCCAAAAGAAAACAAGAGCCUGGAUCACCUGACUUCCAGCUAGUCAUCAAAUGGAUGAAAAAGCCCGGCUGAGAUUGGCAGGGCCUCCAGCAGACAGGUGAACUCAAUACACAUCUAUUGGCCUUUUUGUUUUGUAUUACUGAGUUUUGAAUCUUUUUAUUGAGCACCAGUUGGUAAGAAAGAAAAGGGAAUCUGUGGUAGUGUGUAGUACAUUUAGUCUCAAAGGUCUAGAAUCUAUCUGGAGACACACAUUUUGCUGAAGGAGAUAGUUUAUAAGGAGACCUGUUGGUUAGGGCAAUGAUCCCAAAGCCUUAGAAGGUUCUCUGGAUGCCUUCUUCCCUAUUAGUUGUUACUGAAGGAGAAAAGUACACCUGAAUAUUAUAGAAAAGUUUUCUGAAAAAGUUAAACUUUCUUGGGUCUGAAAUGAUAUUGAUUAUAGAAAUAGCUAACAUUUGUUGAAUGAAUUACUGUGUUCCAAAAACUGUUCUUAGUGCUUUUGCGUGUGCAUAACUUUUUCUUCAUAAUAAUUUCAUGUCCUCAGUAGCAUACCAAUCUCCAUUUAAAACCAAGUUGUGCUCGGCUGAGUCUCAUGGCUACAGAUGGAGCAAAGGGGUAAAAUGAAGCAGGAAUUGGAAGAACAGAGGAGAAAAACUGGAUUUUUGCCACCAACAUUCAUCCUUCACUUACCCUGAAGACCAUUUUCUAAGACGGAGGCAUGUUUUUCUUCAAAGAAAGGAAAGAAGGAUCAUUAAAGCAAAAAAUGGCUUCCAUUUAUCUCUUACACGACAUGAAUAAAACAGACCUACCUGGUAGGUCCUCAGAUGCCUCACCCUGAUCUCAGCCUUCAUCUGUACAUGGUGUUCUGCUUUUAUCUUCCCAUAGUGUCUGACUCUUUGCAAAUUGCUCAUUUUAUGAGAACACCAUUCAUAUUGGAUUAGGGCCCUAAUGACUUCAUCUUAACUUGAUUACAUCUUCAAAGACCCUUCCCUAAUGAGACCAUACUGGGAGUUAGAACCUCAACAUAUACUUUUGAGGGAACAUAAUUCAAUAUGUAACAGUUGGUAUGCAAAUUACUUAAUCAGAAAAAUGAAACUGCAACCUCCACAUUGCAACAACCUUUUUUUUUCCUUCCUCCAUUUAUGAAGAAAUGAUAUACUAUAGGGAUGGAUAUAUAAGCAUUUUAAGUGCCUACUAAGUAGCAUACAUUGGAAAUACUACUUUUAGUACAUUAUUAUGAAAAUAUAUGGUAAGUCUAGAUUACAGGAGAGUUGCUCCUGACUCUGAAGAUAAAGAUUUACUUCACGUUAUAACCGUACGAUUAACCAGUGUUCACCGUAACAGCUCGCUUUUCUCAAAAUAACACUUUUUUGAAAUUUUUUUCAUUCCCAAAUAUACUGAAAACUAUAUACUAAAUCAAUAGUACAUUUCCAGAAAAAGACAGAAUUGCCACUUAGUUUAGUUAACAUAAUCAUUUCUAAUAUCUUUUGCAACAAAUUCAAAUUGAGCACCAUGUUUGGAUUAAACAAAACAUUGUUGUUCUGUGUUAGUAUGCCAGGGGAGAAGAUGUAGCAACUUUUGAAUCUUUAGUCUCUUCUGUACAUAUUUCCAUGUGUCUCCAUAUGUUCCAUUGUUUUUAGGUUUAGCCUUUAUAUUUGUCACAGUCUUAAGAAAAAUUCUUUUCCAGGAUUUAAUUGUGCCACCAAAAAGACAAGGUCAAGGUGAACUCUGGUACCUGUGAAUAGGAGCUUAUUUGGAGUAGGGUCUUUGUAGAUGUAAUCAACUUAUGAUAAAAUAUAAUGGAGUGUGGAUGCUCAUCAAACAACUGAUGUCUUCCUAAGAAGAGGGGAAUUUGGACACAGAGUUUGAAGACCAUGGGAAGACAGAGACAGAGAAUAAAAUGAUGCAUCUACAAGCCAAGGAAUGCCAAGGAUUACAGGGAAUCUCCAGAAGCUAAGAGAGAGGCCUGGGACAGAUUCUCCCCUGGAGACUCCAGAAAGCUUGCCAAGACUUUUGGACUUGAUUUUCGAACUUUGGCUUACAGAACUCUGAGAGAAUUAAUGUCUGUUGUUUCAAACCACCCAGCUUGUGCUAGUUUGUUAUGGCAGCUCUAGGAAACUAAUGUGUCCAGUACAUCCAAUUGUGAUGUCAGAUUCCUGUCUGAAGAUAAGCACCACCCGCCAUCCCUGAAGCUCUGUCUGCCUCAGUGAGUAAAGUAAACUUCAUCACAGUCGGUGUUCAAACUUUGUUUUACCUUCACACUGCUGUUUGUGUUUAUUCACCCUGGUUAUAUAAACUUGUUUUCAUUGUUCACUUGAGAUACAUAUAUACAUUCCAGUCUAUAAAAAUUUUUUUGAGUAUUUUGGAUUGGAAACAUAUAUCUUGUAAUUUCUCUUUAAAAUUAAGGAACUUUGCUUUCAAUUUAUGACUUUUCACUUUUAGGGCAAGGUUUCAGGAACAAAAUUAAUUAAAUGAGGCAUAGAGUUUACUAUUAAUAUAUGAUUCUGAUGAUCACCACCUGAAUAAAGAAAAAAGAUAUUUCUAGCAAGAAUGAGGUAAGUGGUCAUGUUGGUUUCCUGGGAAAAUAAUAAUGUGUUCUUGGAAGCACCACUAAUUAUUCAUAAAUUUAUACAGGUAUUUUUAAAAGAGAGAGGGAGCACAUGAAUUUGUCAGGGAGAGAAAAGAGCAAAGCAGGAAAUGAGGAAGAUGUGACUUAUGGAAAAGCAGCAGUAAGAAGAGGCAUGAAAAUGAAAUGAAAGUCGCUCAGUCGUGUCCGACUGUUUGCAACCCUAUGGACUAUAUGUCCAGUGAACUCUCGAGGCCAGAAUACUGGAGUGGGUAGCCUUUCCCUUCUCCUGGGGAUCGUCCCAACCCAGGGAUGGAACCCAGGUCUCCUGCAUUGCAGGCGGAUUCUUUAUCAGCUGAGCCUCAGGGGAAGAAGAGGCAGUGAGAAGUAACUGAGAAAGUAUAUCUUCACCACCAUUCUUGCUCUCUGACAACUUUAGUUUUCAGCUCUGCUUAUCAGAUUUAUUUUUUAGGCUUUCAUAUUUCAUAAUUUAUUAUUAAAAAAUAAUUGCUAAUCCCCUCACGUCUUUCGAUUGUUUGUUCAGACACCACCUUGUCCGCUGGCCCACUGACCGCUCACCUUCUGUGACCUGACACCCGCCCCAACCCCUGACUCCGGAGCGCUCUUCUCCUCUUCCUCCUAUUUAUCUUAUCAUCAUGCUGACUGCCUUCCAGGGAGAUUUGUAGUUUACUUACUGUUUUUAUCUCAGUCUGCCUUCACCUCCUCCUCCCAAAACAGAAGCUCCUUGAAUUCACAUAUCUUAGUCACUGAUGAAUCCCAAAAACCUAAGGCAGUGUCUGGUGUAUAACAGAUGCUCAAUGGUUACUUCAGUUUUUAAAAUGAGAACUGUAAUAGAAAUGUGCAUAGCAUCAGCUGAAGUAUUCUGAUGGUGGCAGAAGUGGCCAAGGCCUGACGGGUCCUUUCUGCAAAUGGUGCUCUGGGAGUCAGUGCUUCAGGCCCACUUAAGAGUUCUCCUGCCCUGCAAAAAUUUGGUUGAUAAAGAAGCACUGUUAUAAGCCCUGGAAGAUGUUUGGUUGCUAUUCUCAAAGAGGUUAAAUGAGGUCAUCUUGGAUCAACAGGACCAGUGUCUUUAUGAGAAGAGAAGAGAUUACAGGAAUGCACAUGAACAGAGGAAAGGCCAUGUGAGAACAUACCAAGAAGGCAGCCAUCUGCACGCCCAGGAGUGAGGCCUCAGAAGACACGAGGCCUGCCAGCACCUGGAUCUUGCACGUCCAGCCUGCAGAACAGUUGUGCCUAAAUUGGCUUGCAGAUUUAUCUGCCACGCAUUGCACAUGGAUAUUUUUGUCACCGCAUAUUUAACAACAGCUGUGAUCCUGAUGGGGAUUCAGUUAACCAAAGGCCCCUCUGCAUGCAAGCGGUCACCAGGCAUCUAAUGGGCUGAGGGCUGAAACGACAAUAAAGUGAGCAGAGCCGCGCAGCUGCGGACCAAAUGUCGGGUUUUUUUACACUGCAAAGGUCAAAACAGACAUCUUAUUCUCCUGGAAAUGUUCAUCAAACAGUAUAAUGGACUCAGGCUGAUGCCAGUCUGGUCGAGCAACUGCCAACAAAUCAGUCUUGAAAGAGAUUAUUUAUUGCAUCAAUGCUGCUAUUCACCACACAUGUAAGAUUGCUAAUGUCAAGAGUAACUUAUUCCUGUGUCUCUCCUGGUCUAGAAGCUGUCAAUGAAGAUGACGUUCCUCAUCUUACCCCUACAUUAAUCAUGUGGAUUAAUCAUCUGCACUCGGUGAGCUGGCACAACAGGUGGAAGGGGACAGGGCAGAGGACACUCACAGGGGAGCCGCCCAGGGGAGGACCGCGCAGUGGCCGUUCUCCCGGUGGGAGCGCCGCGGAUCACAGACACAGCGAAGCACCAGACCUGGAGGCCCCUCCUCCAACACCUAGGAAGCAGACCCCACCCCUGACAGGCGCACUGACACCCGCAGAGCAGAGGGAGGCCCUGCUGGAUACCCAGGCAGGCUCUGGUCACCACCACGCCAAUCCAACUCCCUGCUGCAAAGUCCUGUCGGUCGUGUCCGACUCUGUGCGACCCCACAGACGGCAGCCCACCAGGCUCCCCCGUCCCUGGGAUUCUCCAGGCAGGAACACUGGAGUGGGUUGCCAUUGCCUUCUCCGAAUGAGACUCCCUGGCAAGGGGAUGAUCGCUCAAGUCUCUGGACCAACCUCGCCCACCGGGGAGCAGACACCAGAAGAAGAAGAUGGAUAUUUAUGUCAUGCCAGCCCCAGUACCUAACCUACAUCUUAAUGGGAAGGGCAGUGCAGCAAAUACUCUUCUUUCUCUUACUUGGUUCAUUUUAAAUUUAUAGACUUUAAAACUAUUUAUCAACUAACUUCCUUCCUCCUUUCCUUCCUUCCUCUUUUUUCCAAAAUAAUCUUAAAUUUUCUCCUGAGGGGAAUACCAGUUUUCUCCUCACUGUUCAUGUAGUACGUGCUCCCUACAAAUUCUUUUUCACUGUAAACAUAGAGGCUGCGGAUGCCAUUUUUUUAAAAUUCAAAACAACUAAUAGUGGUAAACUCUGUAAUUUCUUUCAAAAUAUAUUCUGCAAAAUAAGUGCUUGACAUUAUAUUGGAACUAAAAUGCUCAAAUUAAGAGAAGGAAGGAAAUGAGUAUUUAUUUGAGGAUCUACUAUGUGCCAGAAGUUUUCUGUACAUGAAAUCUUUUAAUCCUCAUCACAGCAGUGGGUGAGAGCUGUUAUUCUUUCCAAUUUGUGUUUCAGCAACUGAAAUUGAGACACUCGGCAGCUCACGCAGCAUGCCAUAGCUACCAAGUGACUUUCCCACUUUCUUAUAUACCAGUGUCCCCUCCCUUAAUUUUGCAAAUGAGACCCAUGAGGUGCAGAGAGAUCAGGGGGCUUAAACUGGUGUCUGAGUUUGAAUUGGAUAAUAGGUCCUCUGACUCAGUUCAUCCCACUAAGCCACUGGGAAUACAAAGAUGAGGGGGGAAAACUCAUGAAAUUGACCCUAAAAUUAAAAUUCACAUGAAAAUGUCUAUAAGAAAAUUUACCGUGUUCAGUUUUUUUGAGGCAUGGAAUCUGUUAAUAUAUUUCCUGUCUGUUACUGAGAAGAAAAAUCUCAUGUGAUUCCUCCUCAUGUUUCUUUUCCUUUAGUGCCAUGACUGUUAUUUUUAAGGAAUUUUGUAUCUGGAUGCUGGCAACACAACUUUCUCGUCUCCAUGGCACUGGGGCAUAGGUCAGAUUGUGCUGGGCCAAACUCCAAAUAUAUAGCAUGAAUUUUCUAUUUUACAGCUAUUAAGGCAAACUGACCUCAGAAAUUUGUGCAACCGUUCAAAGAAUGAGCCUUAUCUUACUCUUAUUGCUCUCUCUACCUUUUUCCUCCAACAUCAGACCUGGAACACAGAAGCUACUCCUAGUACAGUGAUUAUUUUUGCACAUGUUGCUCUCUUUUCCUCCUACCAGAGUUUCCCUUAGAACAAGAACUCCACAGUUGCUAAAUAGACAGAGGUUGUGCAUGGCUGUUACUAUAUUUACAGAUGAGACAAGAUUUGGUAGGUGAGAGGUUGGGAGAAAGGAUUGAAAAGAAAGGUUCAAGGUUAAGAGUUCUUAUACCCAUUUCUCUGAAGAGUUGCUAAAAAAACAAAAACCACAUAACAAAAUCUGAGCGUCUUUCUCAGCCCCUGGAAACCUGCCCUAGAGGUGUGCAGCAAGUGGUCUCCACAUUCUCCAUACCAGGCCAGCUUGCCUACUCGCUGUUCCUCAAAUAUACCUCAUCCUGUCUCUUCUCUGAGCUUCUUAGUAAAAGGUUCCCUCUGAUAUAACUGUCUUCUCUUCCUCCACUUCUGCCAAUCACAUUUCUACACAUCCCUCAACACUGGGUGUAAAUGCUUCCCACUCCAUGCAGGCCUCUCAUGAACUGAGGGUCAGGAAUCCCUUUUGUCCGUGACUGUAGCAGCCGGAACACAGAUCUUCUGUAGCACUUACCACUUACUCUACUAAAUUUGGAAUGCUUUUAUGUCAUUGUAUCUUCUUUAUAAGGUUAACAAUUAUUUCUAUAUAUCCAAAAGUAUAAUCCUCAUUCCAUUUUAUUGUUUUUUCACUUGACUUCUAGGACCUGAUGCUGUCUCAGUUUUCCUCCUCGCUCACUGGCCAUUUCUUCUUGGUGUCUCGUUCCCUCCCUCUAUUUGGGUUCUGGCUUAUCAGUCUGGACUCUUCACUAUUUAGUAAAGCUUCGUUUUGGCACUUGAUCAAUACCCACUCACUCCCAAGAUGAUCUUACAGAAUUUUACACCUUUAAAUAUCAUCUCAGUGCUGACGACUCUCAAAUACAUGUAUCCAGCCUGGACCCUGACCUCAGCUCCAGAUGGUUCUCCCCACCUGUGUGCUGAGUCAUCUUCAUUUUGCCUCCUUACUUGGCAUCUCCCGUGACAUGUGUCCAAAACAGAACUCCCAGCCCCUGCCCCACUGCCAUCCCUCAAAACUUGCUUUACCUCCUACCUUCUCUUCUGUAGUAAAUGGCAACUGACAUUUUAGAA